ACUUGAAACUGAAACUAAUUUAGUACGUGGGUGUAAAUAAAUUGCCGGUUUCAUAAACAAUAUAAUUGACUAGUCUUGUAUACAGGAAUUUGAAACCAACAAUAAAUUAUUGUGUUUUUUAUACUUUGCACUACAAAGUUAGCAUGACUAUUAAAUUUGCAGGCGAAUAAAGACCAAGACAGGUUUCGUUCCAUUUAUUUUUUACAUUACCAUGAUUCAAAAUAAUCGCAACCUCGCCAGAUAACCAAACCGCAAUUGGCUUCCUGCCGUUGUUAUUUUUCAUUGUCGUCACAAAAAUCCUUGCACCCUUACACACAAUCGGGGUGGAGCUCCAGCCAGCUUCCCGCCUAUUUUCCCAACUCAUUGGUCCACGCGGGGGUGGCUGCUGCGGGAGAUAACACUCUCGGAUAUGUGCCGAUAUUGUAGCUUUGAUCAUUUCCGUUGCAACUUCCACGAUAAUUAGCUGUUCUCUUUCCGACAAUUAAUUCAAACCGUGAUUUGUGGUCAAGUGCGAAUGUGAACAGUUGGUGUAAUGCCCAUGAUAACCGACCUGGAGUGGGCCCCGGACGGGGACAACACGGACUACAGCGCCUCCUCAUCCCCCGUAGUGAGGCGGCCCCCGCAGAACCCCGACCCGGACUCGCUCUCCGACGAGGACGACUUCUCCGACGAGUUCUCGGUCAUCGACAGCGACGACGAGAAGCAGCGGGCCUUUCCGCCGCAUCACGUGCUCCAGUUGCAGACCCCGGUGGAAAUCCCGACUCGGGGAGUGGUCAAAAAAAUCUUCACAAACAGCAGAGAGCGCUGGAGGCAGCAGAACGUAAGUGGAGCGUUUGCCGAGUUGCGAAAGCUCGUCCCGACCCAUCCGCCCGAUAAGAAGUUGUCCAAGAACGAAAUUUUACGCAUGGCAAUUAGGUAUAUAAGGCUGUUGAGCAACGUUUUGGAAUGGCAACAGACCCAUGAAGGUCCCAUCCAGGUGAAAUGCGAGGACUCUCUCUUUAUUAGCCGCCAUCCGGCCAUUUCCGGGCAGCAGGCGUUACGCAUGAGGGCACGUCUCCGGAGAGGUGCUUUACCAUCUCAGCCGCUUCCUCUCUGCGACAGGAAUGGGAAUAACCUCCUGAUGAUCGCGCCCAACAACCACCUGCCCCUGCGGAAAAUGAGCGUCUUCAUCGACAUCAGUGCCAGGACCAACGGCAAAAUAAAAAUCGAGCAGGAAGACGCGUCGAAGGAGAAGGACGCGGAAAAUAAAGACAAGCAGCAUUCCAAAGAAUAAGACAUGUAGUACCUAACUUAGUACCUGUACAAUUUUGUAAUUACUUCCCCCAAAUAAACGUUUGUGCAAUAA